AUGAAUAUUCGAGCACUCGAAAGAACGGCAAUCUCCGCGAGCCGACUAGCACCGAGGCCUGGUGUCAGAGCUGCAACUCUACUUAAUCCGGAUGCCUCAACAGAGGUAAUCGACAUCAAUGACUUGGCACAGAAAAGUUCGUCGGUCAUCCAAUACGUAGAAGUGGCUGAUAACAAUGGACGACUGUAUUGUGUAAAUGGAUUAGUGAAUUCUGCCUGUUGGAUAAAAAUAGUGACUUUGGCCAAAGAUUGUCAAAGCUGUAAUGUGCUACUAAUGAGUACCGAGGAGGGCGUUGUCCUGAAGACAAUCCGCGUUAUUUCACCUGGCGAACCCCUACUCAUGUGGUUCACCGAAAACAUCCUUGCAAUGAUGCAUAUGCCGUUCCUAACACCAUACCUUAAUAUUCAAGGUGAAAAUCGAUACAUUUGUCAUAUCUGCAACAAUCUCUUCGAAUAUCCAAACCCAUUAAAAAUCCAUUUAGCUUUAAAAUGUAAUAAACUGGAUCCUAAUCAUCUCUGGGCGACUCUGGCAAAGGAAUUCGCGCUAGCAUCACCUCUGAGUCUCUCCCUCAAUCUCUUUCCACCAGUCGUUGGGAGUUCUUUCAAAUUUCACAUAUCCGAGUCCCUCCGAGCCUCGGUAAAAACAGUAAAUGCCAGUAAGUUACCAGCGAAUACCUCGCCAACUCCUUCGAAUGGCCCAUCACCGACCUCAUCGACGCAAGUGUCUCCAAUCAGUUCGUCGACGGAGGUUUCACCCGUGCGUAGCACUAUAACUCAGCGAAAUUCGGCAUUCCGGCCGUACAUGAGUAGAUCGUCGAGCCGCCACAGUUACACAAGUCACACUAGUCAUAGCACUCACAUUGCCAAUCAAAUAAAUAGUGUAAACUAUAAUCAUCAUCAUAGGCAUCAAUUACCGCCCCCUCCUAUUCACGCUGAUGUUCAUGCGGCCCAAAUGGAAACAUUUUACAGCAACAUUGGAAAGUCGAAACAGGGUCAUCUCUGUGUUUACUGCGGAAAAGUUUACUCACGCAAAUACGGCCUGAAAAUUCACAUUAGAACGCACACUGGUUACAAACCACUUAAAUGCAAGGUGUGCUUGAGGCCCUUUGGAGAUCCAAGUAAUCUCAACAAGCAUGUAAGACUCCACGCGGACGGAGAAACCCCAUACCGGUGUGAACAUUGUGGAAAAGUUCUAGUAAGGCGACGGGAUUUGGACAGGCACAUCCGAUCCAGGCAUCAAGAAAACGCUGGUCAUAUUUCUGAUACCUCAUCCGAUGGCUUGGAAGUUUAA